GUAAACAAACUCCUCCCGUGGGAGGGGUCCCGACGGCCUUGAAGUAUUUAAAAAGUUGCAGUUACUUUUGAAGACACAAGAGAAACUUGCGGAGAAGCGUCCCGAAAGUGGAGUCAGGUCCAUUGCACACAUCAUGUCUUAUUUUGAACACAUCGUGUUUGAGGAUGAGCUCAACAGCUCUGAAUCUGGCUCAGGAGACUUUGAGGUCAUUUUUGUGGAGCCUUGCGAUCGAGAACGCAACAGUGAAUUUCAAAGGAUCUUCCUACCGACCGUGUACGGAUUAAUCUUCGUUUUGGGCAUCGUCGGCAAUGGACUUGUAGUCGUGGUGAUGGGCUGUCAGAAAAAGUCGAGAACUAUGACCGACAAAUAUAGGCUUCACCUUUCCGUGGCGGAUCUCCUGUUCGUCCUCACUCUGCCUUUCUGGGCUGUGGAUGCCGCAAGCAGCUGGUAUUUCGGAGGGUUCCUCUGCGUGGCUGUGCACAUGAUCUACACGGUCAACCUCUACAGCAGCGUACUGAUUCUGGCCUUCAUCAGCCUGGACAGGUACUUGGCAGUGGUGCAUGCUACCAACAGCCAGGCUCCCAGGAAACUCCUAGUGGAGAGGGUGAUCUACAUGGGCGUUUGGCUGCCUGCGACCCUCCUUACAGUGCCGGACCUGGUGUUCGCCAAAACCCAGGAGACCGUCUCCAGGACCAUGUGCAUUCACAUAUACCCCCUGGAGACCAGCUCCUUCUGGAUGGCCGCCUUCCGCUUCCAGCACGUCUUCGUGGGCUUCGUCAUCCCGGGUCUGAUCAUCCUCAUCUGCUACUGCAUCAUCAUCGUCAAGCUCUCCCAAGGCUCCACCGGCCAGCAGAAACGCAAGGCGCUGAAGACCACCGUCAUCCUCAUCGUGUGCUUCUUCAGCUGCUGGCUGCCCUACUGCGCAGGCAUAUCUGUGGACACCCUGAUGAUGCUCAACGUGAUCCCUCACAGCUGCGCCCUGGAGCAGUCCCUUCAAACGUGGAUCUCCAUCACAGAGGCCCUGGCCUACUUCCACUGCUGCCUCAACCCCAUCCUCUACGCCUUCCUGGGAGUUAAGUUCAAGAAGUCAGCGCGGACUGCACUGACCACCGGCAGGGGGUCGAGCUUGAAAAUACUGGCCAAAAAGAAAGGUGGACAUUCAUCUGUCUCCACAGAAUCCGAGUCUUCAAGCUUCCACUCUAGUUAACAGUGGCUUAUUACAAUUCUGUUGGGGAGACUUGGAAAGCUUUCUUUGUACAAAAUGGGACAAACUAGCCUACACGUUUUAACUGUAAAUAGUUUUGUUUUUGUUUUGUUUUUUAAAGUGUGUGUUCUUAUUUAAGAUUUUGCUAUCUGUUAACAUUCGAGAAGAAAGUGUGGAAUGUUCAGGCAGAGCCUGCUGACCAUUGAUUGGUCAUGCCCUUUUUUGUAAAAUGUGUAAAUACUGUAUGGAUCAAGCCAACGCCACUUUUUAAUCAAGUCAACACAGGAGAUCAAGUACUUUUCAAUGUGGUUGAUCAGAGGGGCAACACUUCUUCAAAGCUGUGUUAGAAUUAAACUUGUCUUGUAUUCACUUUAUGGAACGUGUGACUAAUUAGAGGUUUACCUUACUUUGUAUGUUAGCACUUGAUUGUCUUAUUCACUUAGACGCAGCUAUUUAACACGUUUAGUUAACGCUUUUAAAGGAGUGCCCAAAUCAUUUCAUAAUUUCUGCCAUGACAGCUCAAAUGUUCAGAAUAAAAAUCCAAACACAA